CCACUUAAUCUGUGUCCGCGAUGCACCAAAUCGAAUCUUCCUGCAAAAGCAGUUAAAAAUAUUCUAAUAAAAAAUAAAAAAAAGUCCUCAACUUCCUGGUUUUGCUCUCUCCCUCCCUCCCCCCCCCCCUCUCUCUGUGCAUGUCUUUGUACUCGUAAGGACUCCCAUGGCCAAACCAAAGGCUCCGAGACGAACACUUGAGUCUUACACGGUCAAACACAUCAACAAAACCAUCCGAGGCGGGGACUGCGUCCUCAUGCGGCCGUCGGAUCCUUCGAAGCCGUCCUACGUGGCGAAGAUCGAGCGGAUCGAAGCGGACGGCCGUGGGACCAACGUGAAGGUCCACGUCAGAUGGUACUACCGGCCCGAGGAGUCCAUCGGCGGGCGACGUCAAUUCCAUGGCUCCAAGGAGGUUUUCCUCUCGGAUCACUACGACGCACAGAGCGCCGAUACCAUUGAGGCCAAGUGUACGGUCCACUCCUUCAAGAGCUACACCAAGCUCGAUGCCGUCGGGAACGACGACUUCUUCUGUCGUUUCGAGUACAAUUCCUCCACCGGAGCUUUCAAUCCCGACAGAGUCGCCGUGUAUUGCAAGUGUGAGAUGCCGUACAACCCUGAUGACCUAAUGGUUCAGUGUGAAGGUUGCAGUGAUUGGUUUCACCCUGUUUGUAUAAACAUGACUGCGGAGGAAGCUAAAAUACUAGAUCAUUUCUUGUGCGAAAAUUGUUCAUCUGAAGGUCAGAAGAAGUUGCAGAAUUCUCAUACUGCUUCCAGACUCUUGGAUACAAAGGAGCUUGCAGCUGUAUGAUCAAUGUUCAUGUGCAAUUAUGAUGUUUCAGGUGGAGACAAAACGACGCCGUAGGUGACAUAGUAGAGAAACGUAUGGUAGGAGUUAUAAUGGCUUCAGGCAAACACGGAGGCUGCAUCUGCAUUAAACGCUGUAGUAUUUAUGAGUUGAUGGUUGAGAGGGGAAAUGGUUUGAAAACCUUUUGUCAAUGCCUAUUUGUUUUAAGGGGAGUCACCCUUCUUUUUUUUUUUUUUUUUUAAAGGUCGAGGAUGUGUUUGUUCAUCUGUAAUCUUGUAAUACACACUCUCUCUACCCCUCUCCAGUUCUUUGUUCUUAGAAAAUCAGGAAUGUGUAUUCCUUACUCUCCCAAAAAAAAAAAAAAAAAAAAAAGAGAAGAAUUAGGAACGUGUAUAGAGACAAGAGAGUAUUCUCAUUCUCAUUUCCAUAGCAAUAGUACUUCCCGUUGUAUAAAA